AUGGGGUGGGUCGUCAACAGGACCAUCCGGGAUGUCAUGCUGGACCAGUUAUGCCCGGAGCAGGUGACGAAGAACAUGAGCGAAGCCGAUCGUGAAGUUCUAGAAAGGGAGAGGCUGCGCAAUGCCACGCGGGGCGAGUUGGGAAUCUUUGGCGAGAUGCAAGCGUGCUUCAAAGGCAACACCUUGAUGCCGGGAUUCCUGGAGAGGGACGGGGCAGGGCAGUUUGUGGUCGACAUUGGCUUAGGUUACGAUGCAAAAGAGACCAGAUUAGCUGUCAAGAACGGCUUUGUCGUGUUAUCCUUUGACCUGUUGCCUACAAACAUUCGGCUCUUUCAACAGGCAGUGAAAGACGAUUCCCGCUAUGUCUUCGUGGAGCUCCAGAAGCAAGGGGAGCAGUGGGUAUUGCCUGAGCUCCAGCAGCCACCAGCCGGUAGUGGUUUUGCGUACGUCUUCAAUGCUGCCAUUGCAGACGAGGAGACGACGAUCAGAUUCCCAGAAAAUGCAGCCAGAUCCUACACUCAGUCGAUCCUCGAUGGCAAAAGAAAUGGUGCUGGCAUCGAAGUGCCAGUGUUGCCCUUGCGCAAGUUCCUCCCGAAAUGGCUCGGCCACAUCGACUACCUGAAGGUUGACACACAGGGCUACGAGCUGAAGGUUCUGAACGGUUGCUUUGACAUGUUGCAGCAUACACGCUACAUAGCUUACGAGUUUAGCCCCUGGCUCAUGAAGCGCGCCCACUCGGGAAGUCCGAUGGAGCUCUUGCAGUUGCUGCCGACCAUGGGUUCCCUGUGUUACACGGCAAGUCCACCACACGAGCACCUCAGAGCAGGUAUCCCUUGGCCCAUAGAGACGUGGUACAAACACCUGGACGAGGGAAAGUCCACAGGCCCGGGCAUUAAACACAAUGUCCCACCCAACGACCCCUACGGCCCCUGGGUGGACAUCUUCUGCUACUGGCCCUUCCGGGACGCCCCAAACUCGCAGACGGCGGCCGCGCCUCCUCCAACCAGCCUUCCCACUCCGAUGACUCAAGCAGCGCCGAAGGCGUACCCUCUCGCCAGCUCACAGAGCCAGCAGCCCCAGAGCCCGCCCCAGCUCCCACAAGCAGGUGACACGACAUGGGUCAUCAACAGGACCAUUCAGGAUGUCAUGCUGGACCAGCUAUGUCCGGAGCAGGUGACGAAGAACAUGAGCGAAGCCGAUCGUGAAGUUCUAGAAAGGGAGAGGCUGCGCAAUGCCACGCGGGGCGAGUUGGGAAUCUUUGGCGAGAUGCAAGCGUGCUUCAAAGGCAACACCUUGAUGCCGGGAUUCCUGGAGAGGGACGGGGCAGGGCAGUUUGUGGUCGACAUUGGCUUAGGUUACGAUGCAAAAGAGACCAGAUUAGCUGUCAAGAACGGCUUUGUCGUGUUAUCCUUUGACCUGUUGCCUACAAACAUUCGGCUCUUUCAACAGGCAGUGAAAGACGAUUCCCGCUAUGUCUUCGUGGAGCUCCAGAAGCAAGGGGAGCAGUGGGUAUUGCCUGAGCUCCAGCAGCCACCAGCCGGUAGUGGUUUUGCGUACGUCUUCAAUGCUGCCAUUGCAGACGAGGAGACGACGAUCAGAUUCCCAGAAAAUGCAGCCAGAUCCUACACUCAGUCGAUCCUCGAUGGCAAAAGAAAUGGUGCUGGCAUCGAAGUGCCAGUGUUGCCCUUGCGCAAGUUCCUCCCGAAAUGGCUCGGCCACAUCGACUACCUGAAGGUUGACACACAGGGCUACGAGCUGAAGGUUCUGAACGGUUGCUUUGACAUGUUGCAGCAUACACGCUACAUAGCUUACGAGUUUAGCCCCUGGCUCAUGAAGCGCGCCCACUCGGGAAGUCCGAUGGAGCUCUUGCAGUUGCUGCCGACCAUGGGUUCCCUGUGUUACACGGCAAGUCCACCACACGAGCACCUCAGAGCAGGUAUCCCUUGGCCCAUAGAGACGUGGUACAAACACUUGGACGAGGGAAAGUCCACAGGCCCGGGCAUUAAACACAAUGUCCCACCCAACGACCCCUACGGCCCCUGGGUGGACAUCUUCUGCUACUGGCCCUUCCGGGACGCCCCAAACUCGCAGACGGCGGCCGCGCCUCCUCCAACCAGCCUUCCCACUCCGAUGACUCAAGCAGCGCCGAAGGCGUACCCUCUCGCCAGCUCACAGAGCCAGCAGCCCCAGAGCCCGCCCCAGCUCCCACAAGCAGGUGACACGACAUGGGUCAUCAACAGGACCAUUCAGGAUGUCAUGCUGGACCAGCUAUGUCCGGAGCAGGUGACGAAGAACAUGAGCGAAGCCGAUCGUGAAGUUCUAGAAAGGGAGAGGCUGCGCAAUGCCACGCGGGGCGAGUUGGGAAUCUUUGGCGAGAUGCAAGCGUGCUUCAAAGGCAACACCUUGAUGCCGGGAUUCCUGGAGAGGGACGGGGCAGGGCAGUUUGUGGUCGACAUUGGCUUAGGUUACGAUGCAAAAGAGACCAGAUUAGCUGUCAAGAACGGCUUUGUCGUGUUAUCCUUUGACCUGUUGCCUACAAACAUUCGGCUCUUUCAACAGGCAGUGAAAGACGAUUCCCGCUAUGUCUUCGUGGAGCUCCAGAAGCAAGGGGAGCAGUGGGUAUUGCCUGAGCUCCAGCAGCCACCAGCCGGUAGUGGUUUUGCGUACGUCUUCAAUGCUGCCAUUGCAGACGAGGAGACGACGAUCAGAUUCCCAGAAAAUGCAGCCAGAUCCUACACUCAGUCGAUCCUCGAUGGCAAAAGAAAUGGUGCUGGCAUCGAAGUGCCAGUGUUGCCCUUGCGCAAGUUCCUCCCGAAAUGGCUCGGCCACAUCGACUACCUGAAGGUUGACACACAGGGCUACGAGCUGAAGGUUCUGAACGGUUGCUUGGACAUGUUGCAGCGUACACGCUACAUAGCUUACGAGUUUAGCCCCUGGCUCAUGAAGCGCGCCCACUCGGGAAAUCCGAUGGAGCUCUUGCAGUUGCUGCCGACCAUGGGUUCACUGUGUUACACUGCAAGUCCACCAUUUGAGUACCUCAGAGCAGGCAUCCCUUGGCCCAUCGAGACGUGGUACAAGCACCUGGACGAGGGAAAGUCCACAGGCCCGGGCAUUAAACACAAUGUCCCACCCAACGACCCCUACGGCCCCUGGGUGGACAUCUUCUGCUACUGGCCCUUCCGGGAUGUCUCAAGCUUUCAGAUUGAGCCCCCCACAGUGAGCCCGUUUGGUAGCUUCGCAGGGACUGAGGUGGUGGGUGUGGUAGACAGCGACAGCCAUGGGAAUGUCAGGGUGUCGGCAGGUAUCGUGCCUUUUCCGCAUGAGUGGAGGACACAUGAACUUACCUUCCUCGUUGGCCUCAUAUUCGGCGCCUGCUGCGUGAAAUGCUUGCGAGCGUGA